AGCGGCUCAUGGUUGAAGGGCCUGUGCAACACUGCUGCUUAGCUAGAGGCUUGCAGAAGCUGAAGGUAGUGGACUGCUUCGUUGCUACAUGUGCCAUGCUUCCAGCCGAGACCCAAGGCUUAGCCACUUGCGCUCAGCGUCCGAAUCCUGGGAUUACAGACGAGGUUCAAGAGACUGCCGCCAGCAUGAUGUUCACACCACUCUGCCGUACCUUGCCCUUUUAAGGUAGCCUUACUUAUGUGUCUACGAAACAGGCUUCGCUAGCAGAAAAAAAGUCGUAGGAACAG